AACAACAACAUGAUAAUGACAGAAAAGCCCCUAAUUAAUUCAGAUAUUCCAAUGCAAUCUCUUCCCUUUGUUACCUGCUACAGAACACCUCCUCUACUCUUUCACACGCUGAAAAUGUUAUCGUCUUCUUCACCAAACCCUAACCCUAGCUCCACCUCCAUGAACAUCAAUCCAUCAUCAUCUUCAACUAGAUCCACUAAUCUUCUUCCAUUGUUCUCCAAUCCACAUACUCCUCACAUCACCUGCAAAACUUUACCUCAAGCCGUUACGGUUUCCAACGGUUUUUCGUCGUUUUCGUCGUGUGCGGCGGUUAAUCCGGUUUCGGUUUCUGGAAUCGAUGAGGAUGAAUCGGUUCAGCUCGUGGUAGUGUCGUUUUAUAAGUUUGCUGAGUUUCCUGACCAUGCUGAUUUGCGUAAACCGUUGAAAGACCUGUGCGAGAAGCUGUACAUUUCAGGUGGCAUCAUUCUUGCACCAGAGGGAAUCAAUGGCAGCAUAUGUGGCAUCCGGAAAUCAGUUGAGCAAGUUCUUGACUUUAUUCAGUCUGAUGAUCGCUUAAAGGGUCUCCGACAAAUAGAGUCACCUGUAAGCCCUGAAGAAGAAGCUAUCCACCAUGGACAUACAAGCAGUUCUCCACUCGCUGCUGGAGAAGAUGCACCGUUUAGAUGGGACCAUGUGAGGGUGAAACUUAAAAAAGAGAUAGUUUCGCUUGGAAUGCCGUCUGUAUCACCUAAUGAAAGAGUUGGGACUUAUGUCAGCCCAGAUGAGUGGAAUUCAUUGAUCAGUGAUCCAGAUACGGUUGUUAUUGAUGUGCGCAAUGACUAUGAAACAAGAAUUGGCAAGUUUAAAGGGGCAGUUGAUCCACGUACCACAGCUUUCAGGGAGUUCCCAUCAUGGGUCGAUGAUCAAUUAUCUGGCAAACAAAAUGAGGGACAGAAAUCUCCACCUCGUGUUGCAAUGUAUUGUACAGGUGGUAUUCGCUGUGAAAAAGCCUCAAGUUUCCUUCUCAGCAAAGGGUUUAAAGAGGUCUACCAUUUACAAGGUGGGAUACUCAAAUACCUAGAGGAAGUCCCCAAAACCGAGUCUCUUUGGGAGGGCGAGUGCUUUGUGUUUGACAAACGAGUUUCCGUCAAGCACGGGCUGGUGCCGGGAAACUUCAAACUAUGCUACGGCUGCAAGAAACCCGUGAGCGACGCUGACAUGGAAUCGCCAGAGUGGGAAUAUGGUGUUACGUGUCCCUACUGUUAUGCUUCAAAAUCCGAGGAAGAGAAAGAACGCGCUAGAGCAAGACAAAGGCAGUUUGAAGAAUGGGGCGUGAUCGGUGGGCCCGACAAAGGUCGUAGGCCAACUAAAACAAGGGAUGCUAACAACACGGGUGGUGCUCAAAUGUCAAGGUCGGCGUGACGAUGACUAAAGUCAACCAUGCCAUGAACGGGUUUAUUUUUUAUUUUAUUUUUUCUUCUGUAGUUUGGUAGUUGUAACUGUAUUUGAAUGGGGCCAAAUAACGGGCUUAUGAGGUAAAAGAUUGGCAUCAAUACACUUAAUGCUGUGAACUAUAAUUUUUGUUGCAUUUCGGCAUAUCAAAUUAUUUUGAGACUCUUUUCUGCUGUUA